CGGAGCGGUGCAGUGCCCCGGCGUCGAGGGGCGGAGGCGGCCGCCACACCUAGGGCGCAGCGGAGGGCCGGGGCUGCGCGGGCGGAGCCGCCUGGAGGGCCCCGCGUGUCCCCAGCUUCGGCCCCGCCCCGCGCCGUCCAAUGAGAGCCCGCGGCCGGAGGGGCUGUCCGCACACUCUACCCGCAGCCCCACUCCGCGCCGCCGACCCCCUGACACCGCACCCCGAGCGAGCGCCGCCGUCGGCUUCCAGACACAGCUCGCUGCGUCCCUCUCCGGGACCCUGCUCCCCGACUCCUGGAGCCCAGGUGCCCCUAGGUCCCCGGCCGACCGCGAGCCUAUGGCCCCCCAGGGGGGUGAGUAGGAGCAGCCUGAGUACCCCCAGCCGGUGCCGCGUCCUCGCCCCUCCGGGCCGCGCGGCAGGAGCCUUUGGGGAGCUAUGCUGAAGCCGGGCGGUGCGGAGGACGCCGCGCAGCUCCCCCCUCGGCGCUCCCGCGCCCCUGUCCCCGCUCCCGCGCCCAGACCCGCGGCCCCCGACGGCUCUCGGGCUUCAGCCCGCCUCAGUCUUGCCUGCUUGCUGCUGCUGCUGCUGCUGACGCUGCCGGCCCGCGUAGACACGUCCUGGUGGUACAUCGGGGCACUGGGGACCCGAGUGAUCUGUGACAAUAUCCCGGGUCUGGUGAGCCGGCAGCGGCAGCUGUGCCAGCGUUACCCGGACAUCAUGCGCUCGGUGGGCGAGGGUGCCCGAGAGUGGAUCCGAGAGUGCCAGCACCAGUUCCGCCACCACCGCUGGAACUGCACCACCCUGGACCGGGACCACACUGUCUUUGGCCGCGUCAUGCUCAGAAGUAGCCGGGAGGCAGCAUUUGUAUAUGCCAUCUCAUCAGCUGGGGUGGUCCACGCUAUCACCCGUGCCUGCAGCCAGGGUGAACUGAGUGUGUGCAGCUGUGACCCCUAUACCCGUGGCAGACACCAUGACCAGCGUGGGGACUUUGACUGGGGUGGCUGCAGCGACAACAUCCACUAUGGUGUUCGCUUUGCCAAGGCCUUCGUGGACGCCAAGGAGAAGAGGCUUAAGGAUGCUCGGGCCCUCAUGAACUUACACAACAACCGCUGCGGCCGCACGGCUGUGCGGCGGUUUCUGAAGCUGGAGUGUAAGUGCCACGGCGUGAGUGGCUCCUGUACUCUGCGCACCUGCUGGCGUGCACUUUCAGACUUCCGUCGCACAGGUGACUACCUACGGCGGCGCUAUGACGGGGCUGUGCAGGUGACAGCCACACAAGACGGUGCCAACUUCACAGCAGCCCGCCAAGGCUAUCGCCGUGCCACCAGGACUGACCUCGUCUACUUUGACAACUCCCCAGACUACUGUGUCUUGGACAAGGCUGCAGGUUCCCUGGGCACUGCAGGCCGUGUCUGCAGCAAGACAUCGAAAGGGACAGACGGUUGUGAAAUCAUGUGCUGUGGCCGAGGCUACGACACAACUCGAGUCACCCGGGUCACCCAGUGUGAGUGCAAAUUCCACUGGUGCUGUGCUGUGCGGUGCAAGGAGUGCAGAAACACUGUGGACGUCCACACCUGCAAGGCCCCCAAGAAGGCAGAGUGGCUGGACCAGACCUGAACAUAUAAAUACCUCACUCAUCCCUCCACUUCAAACCUCCUGACUCGAAAGCACAAGAUCUUUGCAUGCACACCUUCCUCCACCCUCAACCCUGGGAUGCUAUAGCUUCUAUUUAAGGACUUGGAGCAUAAUCCGGAGGGACUCUGGUGUCCUGGCUGGUUCCCGAGCCCUGGGAAGGAGUUGACAGGGAAUGUGAGAAACCAAGCAGCUCUCUGACUGCCUGCUCUGGAGGUCAGAAGCGAUCUUCAGAGCAAAUGAGUUGCACUAAAGCACACAGUCAAGGCUCAUGUUUCUCUUCCCCUGCGCUGGCUUCCUGACACUCGUGUGUGUGCAUGAGGAAGGAUACCUGGAGAGAGCUUCCUUUCAUUCCCACCUGGCUGAGAGUGGAUGGGACAGAGAUGAAACCACAUUAUCUCUUCCCUGGGUCAGUUUGAGCAGACUUCCGUGUACCCCAAAAGAAACUCUUAGGCUACAACAUUCGUCCAUUAUUGAGAGUUAGAUGAGAGUUAGCCACAGUGGACAAGGUUCCAUUCAUAUGCUCAUAUGUUUAUCAACUGCUGUGUUUUGUUAAGGGAAAAAAUUAUAUAACUAUACAAACAUA